UUUUACAAGUGAACUACGCCAUGCUGUUGUUGUUGAUAGCUAGCCAGCAUAAACUAGCUAGCUGGUAAGGGCUCAUCAAGACGACUGACUGAACCCAUUUGAUUUGUCUCCACUCGACUCUCAGCUGUGCGACAUACGUCAACAAUUUGGGCAGGCGAGUCUGUGUAGCCUCGGCUCUCCCCAAAUUCUAUUGUGGCUAGCAUAACAUAGGUUCUAGUUUCUGUGUGCCAAAUUAGAAAAAUAGUUACCACGCUAUGCUUCAGUUAUUUGACCAUGUCAAGGAAAAAAAAGUAGAAUUCAGAGAAUAACAAUAGAUUAUUUGAACACAGGAAUAUACUGUUUAUCCCUCAAUGGAAUAAACAGUGGUGAUGCGAUAGUUGCCGACUAGUAUAGCGCUACUGAAUGAAAAGCACUCAUCAUUAAAUUGUCCAUACAUGACUUGCGUAAACUCAUCCAUGGAAUCAGGAAGUAAUAAUUGGCAGCGGUUCACUAAUGAGGAACUUAUAUUUACCAAGGCUCUGGAAGCUUAUGUUUUGUAUCGGCAAAUAACUAGACUAUAGGAUAUUAGACGAGUUACGCACUGGAAAAUACAAUAUCCGUGUUCCGGAGCCUAUCUUUUGGUUUAAAUAUUUUUAGUGUGCCUUUUUAUUCUCGUGAAGUACCCGGAAGACUUUAAUUUGACACCAUAGGUAGGAUGGAUGUUCCUCACCUGACAGAAGAUGACAUGGCCGAUAUAAAAAAGGAAGUCCUAACGAGGCUGCGGCCGUACCUCUGUGACAAGAUCCGGGCCGACCGUCAGUUUGACUACCUGCGUUCGCGUAAGAUCCUGACGCGGGACGACACAGAGGAGAUCAGCUGCAGGAGCACGCAGACCAAGAGAACAGGCAUGCUCCUGGACUACCUGGCUGAGCACCCUCUGGGGCUGGACGCCCUGGUCGAGUCCAUCCAACAAGGACGUACGCUCAACUUCAUAAUCACCAAGAUCACUGAUGAAGUGCAGAAGGUGAAGAUCGAGAGGAUAGAGGCUCUCAGAGCAGGGGCAUCCAGUUCCUCCUCGGGCUUCCUGCCAACUCAGGACACAUCCGGGGCCAAUAAAGACCUCUCCAGGACACUGUCAUAUGAGUCCAACCUGGCAUCCACCAUGUCGUACCACGGAGAGGGGAGCCCAUCCACCUCUGAUACCCUAAGUUCCCUCAACCUGCCCGCUGCCCCCAGCCAAGGGAAGGAGGUGUUGUCAUCCAUGGGAGGUGGUAGCAUGGCUGUGUCUUCAUCCCAGGUCUCUUCCACACUGCCCAGGCCUGGAGACCCAGGGGCUCCCCCCCUACCGCAGGGAGUGCUGCUACUGCCAGAGGCCUCAUCUAACAUGAACGCUGGACCACACAGGAGCACGGCAAUCAGCGGAGGGGACACCAACUUCCAGCCCCUGAGGUCACGCUCCACCCUCACUUCCAUGUCAUACAGGGACCUCUCACCUCAGCCCCCACCAAAAUCUUACUGAAAUAUCUCAUUUACAUAAGUAUUCACACCCCUGAGUCAAUACUUCGUAGAAGCAUCUUUGGCAGCGAUUAUAGCUGUGAGUCUUUCUGGGUAAGUCUCUAAGAGCUUUCCACACCUGGAUGGUGCAACAUUAGCCCAUUAUUGUUUUCAGAAUUCUUCAAGCUCUGUCAAAUUGGUUGUUGAUCAGUGCUAGACAUACCAUUUUCAAGUCUAGCCCUAGCUUUUCAAGUAGAUUUAAGUCCAAACUGUAACUCUGCCAGUCAGGAACAUUCACUGUCUUCUUGGUAAGCAACUCCAGUGUAGAAUUGGCCUUGUGUUUUAGGUUAUUGUCCUGGUGAAAGGUGAAUACAUCUUGCAGUGUCUGGUGGAAAGCAGACUGAACCAGGUUUUACUAUAGGAUUUUCCUGUGCUUAGCUCCAUUC